AUGUCUGUAGAAGAAACUGCCAGAGAGCCUGCGUCUGAGCAGACGCCCCUUCUUCGGGAUGCAUCCGAUGCUGCCAAUGAUGACACCCCACUACCCCAGGAACACAGCACCAAGGAGCUGAUUUGGAUCCUUGGAAGCAUCUGGCUCGGUGUCUUCCUGGCUGCUCUCGAUACAACCAUCGUCGCGACCCUCUCCGCCCCUAUCUCUUCGUCCUUCAACUCAUUCUCACUACUUUCGUGGCUAGCCACUUCUUAUCUCAUCUCCAAUGCCGCUUGCCAGCCUCUCAGUGGCCGUUUGACUGAUAUCUACUCUCGUCGUUGGGGGCUUGUGUUCUCCAACAUUUUCUUCGCCCUUGGCAACUUGAUCUGCGGCCUGGCAAGAGCGCAAUGGGUUAUCAUCCUUGGUCGCGUCGUGGCAGGUGUCGGAGGAGGCGGUCUUACUGCGAUCUCCACCUUCGUCACUUCGGAUCUGAUCCCUCUCCGCAAGCGCGGCAUCUGGCAGGGUAUUGGUAACAUCUGCUACGGUGCUGGCAUGGGACUUGGAGGUGUGUUUGGCGGAUGGAUCAACGACACUCUGGGAUGGAGAUGGGCAUUUCUGCUGCAAGUUCCCCUCUUGAUCAUUUCCUGCGUUCUAGUCGCAAUUAAAGUCGACAUUCCCGUGAAAGAGUCUGAUACCGCGCGACUCAAACGUGUUGACUUCCUCGGUGCCAUCACACUUGUUGUGACACUAGUCACAUUAUUGCUUGGCCUCAACACCGGCGGAAACCAAGUGCCCUGGACCCACCCGCUGGUGGUGUCAUCGCUGAUUGCCUCUGUUGUCUUCCUGGGUCUGUUCAUCUACGUGGAAGCUGAGGUUGCUUCUGAGCCUGUCAUUCCCGUGCGCCUCCUGCUUAACCGCACUGUCGCAGCUGCUUGUCUGACUAAUUGGUUUGGUACGAUGGCUGUCUUCGGUCUCCUCUUUUACCUACCAGUGUACUUCCAGGUGCAGGGUCUUUCUGCGACGGCUGCGGGCGCGCGAUUAAUUCCGCAGGCGAUCGGCACCUCGAUUGGCUCUUUGGGAUCGGGUCUUAUCAUGCGCGCCAGCGGCCGGUAUGCAUUCCUCAGUUAUGUUGCCAUGGCUGUUCAGCUUCUCUCUGGUGGGCUCAUCUGCACCUUGAAUCUUCACACGCCCGUGGCACUGCCGUUCCUCUAUUUCUUCCUGGGCGGUGCAUCCUAUGGUUCCAUGAUAACCAUCACAUUGGUGGCGCUUAUCUCCGCUGUAGACCACCAGCAUCAUGCGGUUGUGACUUCUGCUUCGUAUGCCUUCCGAAGCACCGGAAGUACGCUUGGUAUCACGGCUGCUUCGGCUGUCUUCCAGAACACCCUGAAGUCUGGGCUUUGGUCCAGACUCGGUGAGCGUGAGGACGCCAAGGAGCUAAUUGGACGGCUUCGAGAUAGCUUGGACGAGAUUUGGAAGCUGCCUGCAGACUUAACCCCCGGAGUGCUUGAUGCAUACAUGAACUCUUUGCGGGCGGUAUUCGUGACAUUGUUGGGCCUAGCCGCCCUAGGCGCAUUGACUAGUCUCGCCAUGAGAGAGCACAAGCUGCACAACAACCUGGCCCGACGAUAG